ACCAUGACGUCACUGGUAGCGCCGCCAUAUUUGCGCAUGUUCGUUUGGAGUCCUCGUGUGCAGGCGACGAAGUUGUGACAAAUAAUCUUUUCAGAAAUCGUAUACUUUUCAAAUUCAUUAUGAACACGGCAGCCGAGAAGUUGAGGAAACAAGUUGAGCAGGUACGGAUAGGUGGAAAGGGAACAGCAAGGAGAAAAAAGAAGGUCGUCCACAGAACGUCAGCCACAGACGACAAAAAAUUACAGAAUAGUCUCAAGAAGCUGAGUGUCAACACAAUUCCAGGAAUCGAAGAGGUCAACAUGAUCAAAGACGAUGGCACAGUAAUCCACUUCAACAACCCCAAGGUACAAGCGUCACUAGGUGCAAACACAUUUGCUGUCACCGGCCAUGCCGAGUUGAAACAGCUCUCAGAAAUGCUACCCGGUAUCCUUAACCAGUUGGGAGUGGAUAAUCACAACAGUCUCCGCCAACUUGCGGCCAAGCUACCUGCCAUGCAGGAAGCAGCCAAAGCUGCUGGAACCAAACCUGAUACCAUCGAUGAGGAUGAUGAGCAGGUGCCAGAUUUAGUUGAAGACUUUGAUGCACCAUCAAAGGAAGAAUCCUAAGUCUGCAGUCAACUGGAAUUUUCAUUUACAAUACCUCAUUCAUAUUCAUAAGCAUACAUCAUUCCAACAUUCUGAUUGGUCGAUUGUCUGCAUAUCCACCUCAUUAAAUUUACCUAUCCCUUUUAUCUCUGUAUUCUGUGACUUUGUGCAUGCUGAACCAUAUUUUAUAUGCAGGGAAUAUUUUCUGUUUUCUGUAUUGCUUUGGUGGCUACACAAACUUGAAAAACUACACAAUUUUGAAAAAGGGUCGGGGACAAAUACUUCAGCCGACAGAAAAAUGUGUGAAUAUACUAAAGGUAUGAAUGAGGUAGCGUAAAACAAAUAGAAUGCGGUUUUUCGUCUGGUUGGAUGGUUGACAUUAUUUCUCUCGCUCCCCACCCCCCUUCCCCACCCACCUUGAUGGGGAAUCACUCUGGAGGAAAUGGCCAAGGAAAGUUGUUGUCAAUUUGAAGCCAUUUGCGCGUUUGAUUUGAAUAAUUGUCUGGUACAAUGAAGUGCUUGAUCACAAGUUAACACUUCAGUUUGGAAUUCCCUAGACUAUCAAGAACGGUGAACACCCGUACACAAUUCUGAAUGGAUGUGUAUGGCACAAUGGUACAUGUACCAGGGUUUGCUCAGCUGGAGGUUCCUAUACGAAAGCUUGCCCCAAACCAUUUGACAUAGCAACUGUCUCUUUAGUCUGAGGAAUUCAAAAUGUAAGCGGUAACUGUGACUUAGCAAGUCAUUGUACUAGACAUUAUUGAAAUCUAACUCGCAAAUUGCUCGUUAUUUUCCAAAUUACCAUAGGGCAGUCAAGUGUCCACCAUCCACCAUGAAAUCAUGUUGUAUUUGUGUAAUAUAUCUGUAAGGAUGAAUGGCCUGUGUACAGAUGGCACGAACUGGGUGCACCAACUUUAAUUAUUAAAAAGCACUCAUGCGAAGUGUGUCGUUGAUUGAAGUUUAUAAGAAAAUUUCAACUUUUGUUUUUCUAUAUAGUGGAAACUCUAAAAUUUACUUUUGUUAUUUACAGCUUUUAUUAAUAUGAUUUGGAGUUAUAAUCUGUAGGAUUUGGGGUGAGAUUAUGGGCUUGUCCGGAUAGAGGUCAAUUUGAAUGUGACCUUUUGCUGAAGUGGUUGUAUUGAAAGAAAUACAGACCUGAACCAUUUUCAUGAGCUGCAUAACCACAAAAAGUAGCUAAGCAUAACAUGCUCAUCAGAAAGAGGUUACCAGCCAAAAAGCCAUUUUACAUGUAGUAUCCGUGACUGGUAUCCUGCCCAUUUUCGCUUAGCAGAAACUGCACUAAGCAGAAGCAGCUCUAUGAAGUUGGGCCUUGACGAGAAUCUAGGUGUUACCACAGUAAGCUAAAAAUUUUGCUAGAGACAUUGUGAGUUGUCUGAUACAGAUUCUAUGCAAAUACUUGUACCGUAUUCAAAAAAUCUAAAGCCACGUUGGUUUAUUUUUUAUUGGAGACGCACUGUAUUACAUGUAUCUUCCAAAGUCAUGGAUAAGGAUCUAGUUGUAACCACACUAAGCUAAAGACUUUGCUAGAUACGUCGCAUGUUUUCCGACAUUCUAUAGAAGUACUUUUAUUUGAAAAAUCUAAAGCCAUGAUGGUUUCUAUUGGAGACGCACUGUUAUUAUCUGCCCAACAAAUUAUAUGCACCGUACCUGAUCUUCCAAAUUGUGAAAUCCAUCUUAUCCACCACUUAUCUUGUUGUAUUUUCACUGGGAGAGGGAGCCCUCUAGGGAGUGACCCUUACUCCUGAUAGUCUAUCCCCUCGUCUGAUUUAUUGAUUCAGUACUGCACAACCAAACGGAUCUUAGCAGGAGGGUGGGCAACAUGGGCACAGCAAUAUGUUCCCAGCCAAUUGUUUUUCGUUAUUACAUCAUUAUUUUUAUGCUGAAGCAUUUUGAUGAGUAUGACACUGACCCUUUUUGAAAGUUAAAAUUAAUGGGUAGGGGCGGGGUUGUUUUGUCUUUCGGAGCUGCCUGCAUAAAAUCCCCUCCUUAUGAGAUUUUCAUCUGAAUUUUGUUAUUGUGCUAUUGUUCACACUAAGAUUGUCAAAGUCGUUUAUAUUUCUCCUGACAUUCUUUGAAAGACCAUGAACGUGUUUACAAAGCACCAAGAUUCAACUUGGAGAAGAGUUGUCGCCACCAUAGUGACUUGUAUUCUGACAUCACACUUUGAUAAUCAAUGGGAGACUAGGGAACACUAGGUGGCAGCAGACUUACUAGGUAAAUUUCAGUUGUUUACGUUCUUUCCCAAGAACAAAGAAUUUCACCACUGAUCUCUUAUAAAUAGGUGGAUUUUAAAUCUUCCACCUAGUGUCACCAAAUGUUUCAUUGAUACAUAUCUUAAGAUCCAUCUUUGUGAAAUAAAACACAUGUAUUUCCCACCCUUUAGAAAUUCUGACUGCUUAUAAGUCUUUAAUGUAAUUAAUAUAAGUACUUUAAGCAUAUUAUUACCCAAAAAGAAUGGAUGGCAGGAAAUUCUUAAGUUUGAGUGACCAAACGCUAUGAUUUGGAGUUUCAAGCAUGUGGAACUGAAAACCCACAGUACAUGUACAUUUGUUGUUCUGUGAACUUUGUUCUUUCACUUGGUAUUAAAUUUCAAAGAGACAAUGUUAUUAUAUGUACCUAAAUAACUUGGGGUUGAACAAGAUAAAUAGACUGAGCCAUAUAUGUGCCCUGUGUUCGUGAUCUCCCUCUUUCUUUGCAUCUCAAAAAAAAACCUGGCCUGGACACCAAUCAAUUGAAAAUUGUAGACUAUGUGAAAACAAUUAGUUUAUACUUAAAUAAGAUUUGUUUUUAGUACCUCACCACCCUUUAGUCCUCCCAUUUGUAGAGCUCUGUUUGAGGGAUGUGAUUAUGGAAUUUGAGCUUUGAAAUAAAAGGUCUGUGGAAUGGCUUAACAAACUA